GGAGUUAUUUUAUACAGAAGUCUUGUGAGACCACUGUGCAAACAAGGUGAUGAUUGUACAGAGAGUGGUAUUGAAUUCCCGACCUGGCGGAUUCUUGACCACUGCACCACCAGGGAAGUCCCAAUAUUCAUUUUUUUAAAUGAUAACUUAUCAAGGCCACUUGUUGGGGAAAUAAGGAAAAAAUGGUAAUCCAGUGGCGGAAAAUUUUCGAGUAGAAGAAGUAAACUUACCAGAUAAUAUCAAUGAAGGACAAGUACAAGUCAGAACUCUUUACCUUUCUGUGGAUCCUUACAUGCGUUGUAGAAUGAAUGAAGACACUGGCAGUGACUAUAUAUCACCUUGGCAGCUGUCUCAGGUGGUUGAUGGUGGAGGUAUUGGGAUUAUAGAAGAAAGCAAACACACAAAUUUUACUAAAGGCGAUUUUGUGACUUCUUUCUAUUGGCCCUGGCAAACCAAGGUUAUUCUAGAUGGAAAUAUCCUUGAAAAGGUAGACUCACAGCUUGUGGAUGGACACCUUUCAUACUUUCUUGGAGCUAUAGGGAUGCCUGGUUUGACUUCCUUGAUUGGGAUCCAGGAAAAAGGUCAUAUAACUGCUGAAUCUAAUCAGACAAUGGUUGUUAGUGGGGCUGCUGGUGCUUGUGGAUCCUUAGCUGGGCAGAUUGGCCAUUUGAUGGGCUGUUCCAGAGUUGUGGGAAUUUGUGGAACACCUGAGAAGUGCCUCCUUUUGACCUCAGAACUGGGCUUUGAUGCUGCAAUUAAUUAUAAAGAGGGGAGUGUGGCAGAACAACUCCGUGAAUUAUGCCCCUCUGGAGUGGAUGUUUACUUUGACAAUGUUGGCGGUGACAUCAGUGAUACAGUGAUAAGUCAGAUGAAUCAGAACAGCCACAUCAUCCUAUGUGGUCAAAUUUCUCAGUACAACAAAGAUGUGCCUUAUCCUCCUCCACUACCCUCUGCUGUAGAAGCAAUCCUGAAAGAAAGAAACAUCACAAGAGAAAGAUUUCUGGUGUUAAAUUUUAAGGACAAAUUUGAAUCUGGUAUUCUCCAGCUGAGUCAGUGGUUUAAAGAAGGAAAGCUAAAGAUCAAAGAGACUAUGAUAAAUGGAUUGGAAAACAUGGGAGCUGCAUUCCAGUCCAUGAUGACAGGAGGUAACAUCGGAAAGCAGAUAGUUUGCAUUUCAGAAGAAACCUCUUUGUUACCUCUGUAAACAUCUUCAUUAAGGAAAUACACGGAUUGCUUUCCGUUUUGCACAAAGAUUUCAAGAUACAUUAAAAAAAACCUUAAGAGUA